CCAAACAUCCAGGGUCCCAUCAGGCCACUUACCAGCGAAACCUCCGUGGGUAUCCGAUUGACGGUAUCUUUGCGACGCCUGACGUGCCCAUCCUGGCCGCCGGGUACUACCCUUUUGACGAACACGUCGCCUCCGAUCACCGUGGCCUGUGGAUCGACUUUGACUUGAACAGUCUCCUCGGCGGACACAAACCUACAAAAUCCACCCAUGUCCCACGCCGGCUGGUGAUGCAUAACAAACGGGUGGUUCAACGAUACGUCCAAUUGGCGGAGCAGGGUUACUUGCGGUACAAUAUUCCGGGUUGUCUCUCUACCCUAGGAUUCGAUGUUGCCCGACAGCAGGGCGGCAUCACCAACUCCCAGGGGGUCAGAUUCGAUUGGAUACAUGCUGAUGCUUACACAGUUCGACGAUUGGGGGAGCAGAACUGCAGGAAGUUGUCGAUGGGUGGGGCGGAAUGGUCCCCCCAAGGCCAAUCCAUUCGGGAUCGGAUCACCUUGUGGCGCCUUCUCCUCAAGGGCCGACGUCAGUGCCGUGUGAGCUCCAGGAAGGUUCGCCGCCUGCUGCUCAAGACGAACGAACCCUUGGCCUGGAAGUUGACUACAGCCGACCUUGAGGCUCACCUCACCCAAGACCUUGGUCGGUAUAGAGAAGCCAAAAGGGGCCUCACUUCUAAAUGGCGGAAGGCCCAAGUCACUACUCGCACCCAGAGCAUUGCUAAAGUCCGUCAUAAGACGGCAAGCCAACAAGAACGAUAUCACCACUUGCGGUCCAUGAAGCAACGCGAGGAGACCCGUCGGAGACGCAAGGCUCGUUCCUCCGGUUUAUCUGGCGGUCUAAGGGCUAUUCAAGUCGAAAUGGAGGACAGCUCUGGCAAUUGUCGGUUACAGACCAUUACUGACCCGACGUCGGUUGAAGAUGGAUGGAUGCAAGAAAAUAGGGCCCGGUAUCAACAAACCCAGACCCCGCACUCCACUCCUCCCAUGUCCGAGCCACUCUACACUAUGUUCACGGGCCCUGACGCGGACAACAACCAACAACUCCUUCUGGAAGGCAAACUCCCCAUCCCUGGUGGCCUGGCUUACCCUACCCAAGCCUUCCUUUGCCACUGUCGACUGCACGACAGUUACCGGCCACGUCCUUUCCCCUUGACGGUUAAAGAGCACGUGGACUUUUGGAGUUGCACUCCUGAGAACAAGGGUUUGGAGCCCCACGGCCUCCAUAAUGACCACUUCAAGGCAGGCGCCCUCUCGGAACUAUUGGCUUCUUGUGAUACGGCGUUUUGGGACAUUCCACUCUGGUCUGGCCAUGUUCCGGAACUCUGGAAGAACCUAAUGAACUUUGCGAUUGAGAAGAAGCCCGGUGAUUUCCGCCCACAAGGGAUGCGGACCAUCCAGCUGUUCAACUCGGAGGCUCAAGCCAACUACAAGAAGGCGGGUCGGGCUGCAAUGAAGAAUGCUGAGGAGGAUGACAUCAUCCCUAAAGGCCAGUGUGGCUCACGGAAGCAGCAUCAGUCCAUUGAUCUUGCCCUUUCCAAACGAUUGAUCUGGGACUUGUUGAUCCUGGAACGACGGUCUUCCGGCUGGAUCACAAAUGACGCAAAGUCUUGCUUUGAUCGCAUCGUUGACUGGGUGGCGAAGACGGCCCUGCGGAGAUUUGGCCUGCCGGUCCCUGUCACCAAUCUAAUGUUUGACAUCUUGGCAACGGCAAAACACAGGGUCCGGACUGGCUUUGGCGACUCGGAUCGGACCUAA